UAACAUGGGAGAGAGUCAUAGAAGCCAGAGGGUCUGAAGAAGCGAAGAAGAUACACCCAGGCUUAGGAAUCUCAGGGCAAAGUAAGACUGAGUGAAGAAAGAGCAGAGAUUCAUUUCUCCUUUACACCUGACAAUGGUGGACCCUGGUCUGGGAAAGUAAACAGUCUGCUCAACUCAGCUUCACUUUGUUUAGGAAAAGGACUUCCACUUGCUAGCUCACUGAUGUCACAGCAGAAGCAGCAAUCCUGGGAGCCCCCUAGUGCUCACAAAUGCUCACCUCCCCAGUGCCCAACCCCCGCCCUCGCUGUCUGCUCUGCUCCUUGCUGUGACCCCCAUUCAGGAGGCUGUGAUUCUGGUUUCCAAAAGCCUGGGGAGCAGAGUCCUGGCCGUUCUCAGAGGGCUCACCGCAAGAAGCCCCACUGCCUCAGUGGUGGCACAGUCUACCGCAUCAAAGAGGAGGAAUGCUGAGGUGAUCAGCCCAAAGGAGAGGGACAUGGGUACAGUUGCCCUCUCCCAUCCAGGUUUCUGCACUCACACCGCUGGGAAGCUCAGGCUCUCCCCCUCUAGCUAGUGCUGGGAAACACUUCCUGGACCCCAUAAGCCGCACUCCUGCUUCUGUCUUCCACCCACCCCUUCAGCUCAGCAACAACGUUUAGCCUGAGCCCUGGCUGCUGUGAAUCCCUGAGGUUGCCGGAGGGGCUGAGGCUUCCACAGGUGGAUGCUGCCCCUUCUUUCCUUCCAAGAUGUUGACUGGUGGUGUUUCAGAGACACAUGGCUUGAGAUUUCUGUCUCAGCAUCCUUAUAGCCAUCAACCUAUGUCAUUGCAUAAUCCGAGCAUCUACUCUAUACUGUGCUCUGUGUUCCCAGAUGUAAUAGGAGAUUUGUUUCUGUUCUAGAAAAGCUUACAGUCUAGUGAGAGAAAAAAUGUACAUUGUAGAUUGAAAUAUGCAGACUAAUAAAUAUAAUUUCAAGGUGAUUGA